AUGCCUUCCGCUAUCAUCGUUGCGGUGUUCAGAUAUUUUGUCAUCGCUGUUAUGUUAAGUCAUCUACGCCUAGUACUUCCUCUGAUGUACCGUUAUGAGGUUCUUCUACAUUCUUGCUUGGUCUGGUUUUCGUUCGUUAUAGCUAGCAAUAUUGGAGUCGUGGAGAUGUUUUUUCGGUAUAAUAUUUUGACUCUCGUUGGCGGUGCGCCGACUAGAGUUAUGAUCUGGGAUGACCACCAGAAUCGAUGCAUCGAGGAGCUUUCGUUCCGUUCUGAAGUGAGAUCAGUUCGACUCCGGAGAAAUCGAAUCGUAAUCGUUUUGGAACAAAAGAUAUUCGUCUAUAAUUUUGCUGAUUUGAAGGUUUUGCACCAGAUUGAGAUUAUCGCGAAACCAAAGGGACUCUGCGCUGCCUCUCAGGGGUCCGGGUCUUUGGUUUUGGUUUGUCCUGGAUUACAGAAGGGACAAGUUAGAGUUGAGCAUUUGCUGCUCGAGUUAAUUUCUGCAAAUAUGUUUGAACCGAAUUCUACGACUCUUGUUAGUGUUCUUUCUGCCUGUGCACACUUAAAGGAUCUCCAGGUUGGAAAAAUGAUCCACGGGAGCCGCAUAUCAGACAUUUCUGAUGAUUCCUUGGAGAGACUUGGUUUCAAGGAAUUCUAUUCUUGA